CCUGCAUAUUCACAAGUUCCAAGCAAUCAAGCAAGUCCCAAAGAAAGAAAGAAAGAAAAAAUCAGGAGAAAUGGCGAUUACACUGAACAGCGGCUUCAAGAUGCCAGUUGUGGGACUUGGUGUUUGGAGAAUGGAAGGCAAAGAUAUAAAAGAUCUUCUCAUCAACGCUAUCAAGAUUGGUUACCGUCACUUUGAUUGUGCUGCUGACUAUCAAAAUGAAGCUGAAGUUGGGGAAGCACUUGCAGAAGCAUUUCAAGCGGGGCUCGUGAAGAGGGAGGAUCUUUUCAUUACAACCAAGCUUUGGAACUCAGACCAUGGUCAUGUUCUUGAGGCAUGUAAAGACAGUCUUAAGAAGUUACGCCUUGAUUAUCUGGAUCUCUACCUUAUUCACUUCCCCGUCGCCACAAGACAUACAGGAGUUGGUACAACGGCUAGUGCAUUGGGCGAGGAUGGUGUUCUUGAUAUAGAUACCACCAUAUCAUUGGAGACUACUUGGCACGCAAUGGAAAAUCUGGUAUCCCUGGGCUUGGUUCACAGCAUAGGAAUCAGCAACUAUGACAUCUUUCUCACCCGAGAUUGCUUAGCAUACUCCAAAGUGAAGCCUGCUGUGAAUCAAAUCGAGACUCAUCCUUAUUUCCAGCGUGAAUCUCUUGUCAAAUUCUGCCAAAAGCAUGGCAUCUGUGUUACAGCCCACACCCCACUUGGUGGUGCUGCUGCUAAUACUGAAUGGUUUGGUACAGUAUCAUGCCUGGAGGAUCCAGCUCUAAAAGGUCUAGCUGAGAAAUAUAAGAAGACUGUGGCCCAGGUUGUUCUGCGCUGGGGCAUCCAACGAAACACAGCUGUGAUUCCAAAAUCAUCGAAACUGGAGAGACUGCAGGAGAAUUUCAACGUUCUCGACUUUGAGCUCACCAAAGAAGACAUGGACCUUGUCAAAAGUUUGGACCGCAACUAUAGGACCAACCAACCCGCAAAGUUUUGGGGCAUAGAUCUGUAUGCCUAAAGUUUCGUGCGCAUGUCCAAGGGAUGGAUAGGCACUAGGAAAAGGGACUGAUUUACUUAGACCAGGCAUGUCAUUUGAAUAUGGCAAAUUGUGUUUAUUUUAGCAUGAGAGAGACCAGUCAUUGUUCUACCUAUGAUGUAGUUUAUGAUUUUUCAUUUCAAACUUGUGUACCAAACAUGAUGGAUGGUGGUUGAAUUUCUGGGAGAGUGCAUGGCCCUUUUCCCUGGGGUAGCAUGUCUCCGAUCCAAAGGCAAAUAAAACUAUCGGCUAGUUAAAAUGCGACAA